UCUCUCCUUCUUCUCUUUCGAGACCCCACAGAAAGGUGAAGCUUUUGAAGAAGUAAAUAUUUGUUUUCUGUACGGAGAGGGAGAGGGAGAGGGAGAGAUCAGAUGAAUGCAAGUAAUGGAGGUGGGCCUUGUGGCGCGUGCAAGUUUCUACGGAGAAAGUGUGUAAAAGGGUGCAUAUUUGCACCAUAUUUCGACUCGGAUCAAGGCACGGCUCAUUUUGCAGCGGUGCAUAAGGUUUUUGGUGCUAGUAAUGCCUCUAAGCUUCUCAUGCGAUUACCAGCUCACAAGCGGCUUGAUGCAGUUAUUACCCUUUGUUAUGAGGCUUUGGCUAGGGUUCGGGAUCCUAUUUACGGCUCCGUCGGCCAUAUUUUUACUCUCCAGCAGCAGGUCGUAAAUUUGCAGGCGGAGUUAGCUUACACUCAGGCCCGACUUUCAAUAUUGCAGCGAGUUCCAAUUCCUUCGCCAACUCAACCUCAAACAACAUCUUCAACAAGUCUUAAUUCAUCCUCAUCCACGGACUUGAUGUCUACUUAUAAUAUAUCCAUGCUCUUUGAUCCUCUACAGCCUCAACAAUCAUUCACAGAUUUUACUACUUGUUGUAAUUCAUUGGAUCAAGAGCUGGACGAUGGGGAACUCCAAGCUUUAGCUCGGGAAUUUAUCGCUAAGUAUUUACCAGGUGUAAGAUUCCGGUCUUCAACUUCUGAUUAGAAGUUUUCACUUUGUUAA